UCAGGUAGUAAACAAGCAAACUGUAAGACAAUGUCUGGUCGUGGUAAAGGCAAAGCUAAGGGCACCAAGUCCAAGACCCGCUCAUCUCGUGCAGGGCUUCAGUUCCCCGUCGGUCGUAUCCACCGUCAUCUGCGCAAAGGCAACUACGCCGAGCGUGUUGGUGCUGGCGCUCCGGUCUACUUGGCCGCCGUGCUCGAGUACCUGAGCGCUGAGAUCCUCGAGUUGGCCGGCAACGCUGCCCGCGACAACAAGAAGACCAGGAUCAUUCCCCGUCACUUGCAGUUGGCCGUCAGGAAUGACGAGGAGUUGAACAGGCUGCUCCACGGUGUCACCAUCGCUCAGGGUGGUGUGCUGCCCAACAUCCAGGCCGUGCUUCUGCCCAAGAAGACGGAGAAGAAGGUCAAGGCAUAAGCAGUUUCUGCUGCAAAAAUAACAACGGCUCUUUUAGGAGCCACCACAUGACACAAGAGUCAUGACUGCACCAUGCAAUCUACCCCAUAAACCCUCUCUUUCCCAAAAUCCUUUCAAAUCUAUAGCAGCUCUUAACUGUUUUCCGCCAAAUGGUUGUUUAUAUUAACCCUUGGUAAGGUUACUCAUAAAUCGUUAUGUUGAAGAUUACCUUGCAAACCCUUAAAAGGUGAUUCAUCGCGAAUUCACACAGUGCUUAUAAGGAAAAUGUUGAGUGCGACGCGGAAUUUUUGCGCGCCAAGAUAGCUGGCAACACAUUCGCAGAUAUAGCGCGCUUAUCAAAGAGAAACGCUAAAAAUAUAAACAGAGUAGAUAUGUUUAAUGCUAACCCGAACAACUAAGGCUAUAUACUUUAGAAUUCUAGUAGAGAGUAAAUGCAUUUCAU